UUACUACAAAUAGAAGUUGAUAAAAACAUUGGUGGACGAACACUGAAUAAAGACUUUUUGGUAGAUUUUGGUCAAGAGCCUGGUGGUCCAGUACUAGCUCACGAGAUACGUUAUCCUGGUGGUAAUUGCACUUCCGAUAUUUUGCUUCAUAAAACAGCAUCCCACAAACUUUAUCUACGUUGA